AUGGCAAGACGACUAUCGAUUCUUAAACAACCUAUAUUUUCUACAUUUAACAAUCAUUUGAUAGAUUAUCCAACCCCGAGCAAUAUAAGUUAUUGGUGGAGUUUUGGUUCGUUGGCUGGUCUUUGCUUGUUCAUUCAGAUAAUUACAGGCGUUUUUUUAGCUAUGCAUUAUACGCCUCAUGUGGAUUUAGCUUUCUUAAGCGUAGAACACAUCAUGAGAGAUGUGAAAGGCGGCUGGUUGCUUCGUUAUAUGCAUGCUAAUGGGGCAAGUAUGUUUUUUAUUGUGGUUUAUCUUCAUAUUUUUCGUGGUCUAUAUUAUGGAAGUUAUUCGAGUCCUAGGGAAUUAGUUUGGUGUCUUGGAGUUGUCAUUUUACUUUUAAUGAUUAUAACAGCUUUUAUAGGAUACGUACUACCGUGGGGUCAAAUGAGUUUUUGGGGAGCUACAGUCAUUACAAGCUUGGCUAGUGCAAUACCUGUGGUAGGAGACACUAUAGUAACUUGGCUUUGGGGUGGUUUCUCGGUAGAUAAUGCUACCUUAAAUCGUUUUUUUAGCCUUCAUUACUUACUUCCUUUUAUAAUAUCUGCCGCGGUUAUUAUUCAUCUUGCUGCAUUGCAUCAAUAUGGCUCUAAUAAUCCAUUGGGUAUCAAUUCUUCUGUGGAUAAAAUAGCUUUUUAUCCCUAUAUGUACGUAAAAGAUUUAGUAUGUUGGGUAGCUUUUGCCAUUUUUUUUUCUAUUUUUAUUUUUUAUGCACCUAAUGUUCUGGGGCAUCCCGACAACUACAUACCCGCGAAUCCUAUGUCAACUCCGGCUCAUAUAGUGCCAGAAUGGUAUUUCUUACCAGUUUAUGCGAUUCUUCGAAGUAUACCUAACAAAUUAGGGGGUGUAGCUGCCAUAGGACUAGUUUUUGUGUCAUUAUUUGCUUUACCGUUCAUUAACACAUCGUAUGUACGUAGUUCAAGUUUUCGACCGAUUCACCAAAAAUUAUUUUGGUUGCUUUUGGCAGAUUGCUUACUUUUAGGCUGGAUUGGAUGUCAACCUGUGGAAGCACCAUAUGUUACUAUUGGACAAAUUGCUUCAGUUGGUUUUUUCUUCUAUUUUGCUAUUACGCCCAUUCUCGGCGAAUUAGAAGCUAGAUUAAUCCAAAAUUCUAAUGUUUGCGAGGACUUAAGUCCUCGCAAGCUUUCCCACAUUUUUAAGAAUUCAAUUUAUGUUGUGAAAUGA